GGGGGGCCUCUGGCGGCGGCGACGGGGAGGAGGAGGGACGGGGUCGGGGCGUGCUGGGGUGGAAGACGAGGCCGCCCGUCCGUCCGUCUGCUCGCCUCGCCUCGCCCCGCUUUGUGUGCGCCGAGCUCGGCUCGUCUCCCACAGUCGCCGUCGGCGUUCAGACGACGGUGGUGGUGGGUGUCUAACCCCGUGCGGGAGACAUGGCGAUGAACGGCAUCUCGCGCAGCAGGUUCGAGAUGUUCUCGAGUGAUGGCGAUGAAGCACUCAUUAACAAGAAGCUUCCCAAGGAGCUGUUGCUAAGGAUAUUCUCCUGCCUGGAUGUGGUCACACUCUGUCGCUGUGCCCAGGUGUCCAGGUCAUGGAACGUCCUCGCUCUGGAUGGCAGCAACUGGCAGAGGAUCGACCUCUUCAACUUUCAGAGGGACAUAGAGGGGCGUGUUGUGGAGAACAUCUCCAAGCGCUGCGGCGGGUUCCUCCGGCAGCUGGGCCUGCGUGGCUGCCAGGGAGUGGGCGACAGCGCACUGCGGACUUUUGCCCAGAACUGCAGGAACAUUGAAAUUCUGAAUCUCAACGGCUGCACCAAAAUCACAGACAACACGUGCUCCAGCCUGGGCAAGUUCUGCUCCAAACUGAAGCAGCUUGACCUCACGUCCUGCACCUCCAUCACCAACCACUCGCUCAAAGCGCUCAGCGAUGGCUGCAAAGGACUAGAGCAUCUCAACGUGUCGUGGUGCGACAACGUGUCGGAGGAUGGUAUCACGGCGCUUGUGAGGGAGUGCCCCGGCAUGAAGGUCCUGCUACUCAAGGGCUGCCACAUGGUGAAUGAUGGCGCUCUUAAGCAGGUUGGCAAGUACAGUCCUGGGCUCAUCACCCUUAACCUGCAGAAUUGCUCCCGUCUCACGGACGAGGGCGUGAUCACUAUGUGCCGGGGCUGCCACAAGCUGCAGUCUCUCUCCUUGUCGGGUUGCACGGCCCUCACGGACGCCGUGCUCAACGCGCUGGGACACAACUGCCCACAGCUGCGGAUCUUGGAGGUGUCCAGCUGUUCCCAGUUGUCAGACGCUGGUUUCCAGGUCCUGGCUCGGAACUGCCACGAGCUGGAGAAGAUGGACUUGGAAGAGUGUAUCCUGAUAACAGAUGCCACCCUGAUGCAGCUCUCCAUAAAUUGUCCUCGCCUUACCGUGCUGAGCCUGUCGCACUGCGAGCUGAUCACGGAUGACGGCAUCCGGCACCUCACGAACGGCGCGUGCUCGCACGAGCGGCUCACCGUGCUGGAGCUGGACAACUGCCCGCUGGUGACGGACGCCUCCCUCGAGCACCUCAAGGGGUGCCAGAGUUUGCAGCGCGUGGAGCUCUACGACUGCCAGCAGAUCACACGCGCCGGAAUCAAACGCCUGCGGGCUCAUCUGCCCAACAUCAAGGUGCACGCGUACUUUGCACCCAGCACCCCCCCGCAGGUGGUGCCCGGCCCUCGCUCCCGCCUGUGCCGCUGCUGCGUCAUCCUCUGAUCGCCGCCGUUCUGCGGUCGGCGUUGUUGACGGCGCUCAUACUAUCGACACCUUGCCCCCCCCCACCACCACCACCGCGCGCUCUCCACGACCGGCUUAACUUAUUUUGGGACAAAAUUAAGAACUGAAAAAGGACAGUGGUCGUUAUCUGGAACUAUGCAUCAUUCUGCACAACUACUCUUGCCACCAACGCUUCAUUGCCGGAUGCUUUGCGAAGAUAGGAGGGGGACCCCGACUUGGGAAAGUGCGCUCUCGUUUGUCAUCGAACGUGGUUUGUCACAGAGGAGCCCUGUGUGCACGCAAGGAGCGGUCUUUGACAUUGGCCGUGCUGUGAUGGUCUAAGUAUUUGAGAACGAUGUGUCAUUGGUGUAGCACACUGUCGACUGACUGUCAUCAUGGCUGGCUGAAGUGACCACCAUUACAGAAGCAGGAGGAGAGGGAAUGUGAAGGAAGCCUUUCUUUGCCACCCUGAAAUAAUUGAUGCUACUGCGAGUAGCACAACAGAUUCCCUUACCUUUAAGCAACUUCACCCGCACAAAAAGCACCUCACACACACUCACAGCUGUCUGCCGACAUCUUCGAAAAUCACGGUCAUUAACAGCUGCUGUGAAAUGUGUAACUGUAAUUAUGCCGAUUGAGAAAUACAGUUUUAUUUUUGAAGGCUGUGGCUCAUGACUGCGAGCUACACAAUUGGUCCAAAUGAAUCACGCGGUGCCGCACGCGUGUGUUUUAACCCUAAACAUACUCGCUCAGAUUAUCAAUAAUGCAUGUGCUAAUGCGCAUGUCCCAGUAGGCACAGUGACAUUAAGGUGUAGAGUUUAGUCUGGAUGGAUAAUGUGGUUUUAGCUGUAAACAUUGUAAAAGCAGCAGUGGUUUGUUGGUUUGUGUGUGUAAAAUGUGUGUGUUUUUUUACUUCGAACUUGGUUAUCAGAUGCUGCUAAGGCUUCAAGAAACCAUCAUUAUACUUGGACUAGAAACAAAUAUAUACGGGACAAUUAUUUUAUUUAAUGUAGAAAAUAUUUUCUCUUGCAUUUUUUUCUAAACAUAAAAUGUGUUUAGUUAGCCUUAAACGAGAAGUAAAUAAACUUGAAAUUUAGUGUUGAAAUAAUGGGAGGAAAGGGCGAGUUAUAUUCGGCACAACUUAUGUUGGCCCAGUAGCUAUUGGGUGGUAUUGAUUAUUCAAUGUUCUGUCUAGAGCAGUUAUCGUAAUGUUCUUUUCAGAGCAGUCACUAAUGCAAUAGUGGUCUGCAAUACUGGCGUGUAAUUCUGGAAAGCAUUUGGUAAGCCAAUUUACUGAUGCACGGUGUGGUGGAAGGGCUUCCAAUGCCCUUGACUUUCAGCUUGGUUGAAACCAAUGCUUUGUGCAGUUGAAAUUCAGCUGAUGUUGGUGUGCAGAGUGCCACUUGCUGAAAUAAUGUGGCACGACUGAUAUAAUGUGACACUCGCAAUCCCCUGCCUGUUGAAAUUCAGCACAAUACGACCGUGUUACUGUCUUGGUACCUCAUUCUGAAUCAAUCGCACCGUGUUCUGUGUACAAAUAUACAUUAUUUGAACAUCAAUGAUAACAUGUAAGCCAGGAUAGAACUUAAUUCAAAGCAAACAAAAAGAACCAUCGAGCAUCAUGUAUUCAUCCUGUUUUAUGUUGGUACACUUUGCAUUUUUAUAGUUUUUAUAUAACACUUAAGAUGCCGUGUGGACCAUUUGGCCUCAGAUUGAGAGCCCAUCUUGUGAGCAAAAAAAAACUCUUCCAACAAGCAUUCACGAUGGAAUCCAUAAAAUGUUACAAACAAAUGUAAAAAAAAUAUAUACAAUCAAAAGGUAGCAAAGGAAAUUGUGAGACAUUUGUGUUGAGAGCAGCACGGACUCGGGGGGACGGACACUCGCACGUCGAGGCGCGCAGUGAUCGUAGUCCUGCAUGUGAUGGCCAGACACAUUUUAAUGUAAACCAACAACGGGCAUGCACAAUACUUGUCCAUUUUACGAGUCAACGUGGGUAGAUUAACUGCUUGGCUCAUGAAACCUGCAGCUGACGCCCCAAAACAUAAACCGACUGUGGUGUGUAACAGCUGUAUAUAUGUCCGAGCUGUCUCCAUCUCCCAUUUUCACCUUGGCCAGGCAAUGCUCUAAACAGGCAACUGGAUUGAUGCAAGAUGGGGGGUGGGGGGAAGCAUUUGUGCCACGGGUUAAGACGCAAGCAUUAAUACACAUGCUGUGGGCGACCACUUUGUUGCCAUUGACUGCCGAAUGUCACGUCUAAAUAGUUCAUAAACGCUCCCCAAAACGAAGUAAUUUAUAAUAUGAGAAGGUGUGUUGUUACGUCUGUUGCUUUAUGUUAGGGGGGGCGGAAAGGAGGGAAGCAUUGCAAGCCAUAAAAAAACGCCGUUUAUAAAAUGUGAACAAUGUUGCAGAGCAGUAACAUUUACCACCGUCAACAACUCGGAAGGGUUUACUAUCCGAGCGGACCUUUCUUUAAAGCGAUUUUUCCCGCCCACCCCACUACCUGAAGCCACUUGAUGAGAGCCUUUUACAGCUGCUACAGGCACGGCUGACACCAUCCCUUUCACGGACAUCAUCCCAGCUGGACGCAAACCUAUAAUCGCCCUUAAAGCGGAGCGACCGAGAUUAUGUCAAAGGUGAAGUAGCAUCUCCAACAGUGAUGACAUGGACCUUUGUGCAAGGACUGAUUUGAGACCCCCCCCCCCCGUGCAACUUUUCUAUUUUGGGACCCUGCCCAUGUACUCCGGUGCAGUAGCACCACCUGCCGCUGUUCUCCAAAACUACACGUGGUGGUUGGCUGGCUUUGGAAGUCUCCAGUGUCCUUUGUGGGCCCUAUGCCUUUCGUAUGUGGUAAUCCAGUAAUCGUCAAGUGUGCUGGUGGUGGAUUGAUGAUGAUGUGAGCAGGGAAAUGUUAAAUGCACUGGCUCUCCGUGUGGCCUGGGCUCAAGCCCCCCCCCCCCCCCCCCCCCAUGACGCAUCUGCCGUCACGUGUACUUCAAUUCUGUAUACAUGUACUCAUUUAAUUAGUUUUGAUUACACUGGUAGCUGUAUUUAUGUUAAUAGCUUUGCAUUUUUUAUUUUCUCUUUUUUUUGGAAGUGCAAACAUGUGAGUACAUAAUGCGUUGUACAUGAAUGAAUGGAAAGUAAAG